AUGGAUCCCGCCGACGAUGACGAGGAGACGCCGACGAGCCGGAGCAGCUCUUCUCUGCCAGACGACCCACGGCUGCGGGAGGCAAUUGGGGAAGAAACCAGGCUAGCGGAGCAAAUGCCUACGGCUGAUGCUGAAACAGUGACCUCCGAAUCAACUGCAGUAAUCCAGCAGGAUUCCACCAUGUUUGAGAAAUUGGAUUUGGAGGUGGAUGAGGAUGUGGUGGAUGAGGACAUUUGUUCUAUUGGGAAUAUGACUCAUGAAGAGGAAGAAGCAGAUCUGGAGAGGGGUAUUCAUUCUAUUUUGAAGAAUCAUCCUAUCAUGAAGAAAUUAAAUAAAGGAAUACAUCCAGUUGUUCUUGCCCUUCAUGUACUACUGGAGGAGGAGGAGGAGGAGGAGGUUGUCCAGGAAGAGGACAUGGCUAAGGGUUUAGCUGAGCUAGAUGAAUAUUUAUCACGUCACACAUACCAUACCAUAGAGGAAGCAAGCUUCUAUAUGCCAGAGAGAAGACCCUCGAAAGCCACGGCGAGCUUCACCGGCGUGAUCGGCCACGGCGGCUCUGGCGUGGUGUACAAGGGCGUGCUCGACGAUGAGAGGGCGGUGGCCGUGAAGGUGCUCAAGAACGUGAGCCGGUAGAGUGAGGAGUUCCAAGCGGAGCUGAGUGUGAUUGGAAGGAUCUAUCACAUGAACCUUGUCAGAAUGUGGGGUUGCUGCUCUCAAGGCAAGCACAGGAUUCUUGUCUCUGAAUACAUAGAGAAUGGAUCACUUGCACAUAAGUUGUUUGGUAGGGAUGGAUUUGAUGAUGAUGUGCUUGAUUGGAAUCAACGGUUCAGGAUUGCUCUGUGUGUGGCUAAAGGGCUGGCUUACCUUCACAGUGAGUGUUCAGAAUGGAUUGUUCCUUGUGACAUGAAGCCUGAGAACAUUUUGUUGGAUAAGGAUUUGGAGCCCAAGAUUACGGAUUUUGGUUUGUCUAAGUUGUUAAACAGAGAUGGUUCAGAUGCAAUUUUGACACGGAUCAGAGGGACAAGAGGGUACAUGGCUCCAGAGUGGGUUACUAACCUACCGGUUAUAGAGAAGGUUGAUGUGUAUAGUUAUGGAGUAAUACUCCUUGAGCUAGUGAAGGGGAUUUGGAUUUCGGAAUGGGUGAUCCAUGGGAUCAAGGUAUGUGAGAUGGAUAUUAGGAUAGUUGUUAGGGUGACACGUGAGAAGAUGGAGUCCAAUGAAGAAAAAUCUAUCGAGGAUCUUGUGGACUAUCGAUUGAACGGUGAUUUCAACCAUGUACAAGUGAAGCUGAUGCUUGAGAUUGCUCUUUCAUGCUUGGAGGAAGAUAGGAGCAAGCGGCCAAACAUGAACUCAGUUGUGCAAGCACUCAUUUCAUUUGAAGGUUAAAGCUAUGUCAGUCAUGUAUUUGUUGAUUAAUUGUUAUG